GGAAGUGUUCUCACGGGUUAAACACUCAGCCGGUGCGUGUUUGUGUGUUUAAUGUUUCAUUUCAUGUGUUUUACAUGUUUAAUGUGCUUGUUUGUGCUUUAAUGACCGUAAACGAAUGUUUUUCUUGUCGAAUCUCGUUGCUGUUCGCUGGACGCGUUGAAACGAGUAUCGAGCAGAAACCGUGUUUGUUUUCGGACUUAUGUGCUUAUUAAAUGAUCAAUCCAGCGGCUCAGUGUAAAUGUGACGAGAAAGCAGACCGGGGCUGGUUGUCACAUGGACUGUAAUGUACACAAAUGUGUUUUCUCCAGCAGUGGAUGUUAGUUCAAAAACCGUCUUAAAUGAGGACAUUUCUGUCAAUUAUAUCCUUUAUAAAUUCCAAUAGCUUCAAUAUUAUUAUAAUAUCAAUAGAGUAAACAAAUAAAACACACAUUCAGCCAGUAGUGAGAUGUUAUGAAGGUAGUUUUUAACCGAAAAGCUGAACUUUGUUCCUAGGGUAAAGGUCUUUUUUAAUAUAUGUCACAUGUGACAACUUACCCCACAAGUUAAUCAUUAAAUUAGUAAUCGAUAACUGACUAUCCGACGCGUUUGCGGACUAGAGUCAGUGAAAGAUACAUGAUUAAACGUUCUUAUGCCGAUAUAGUUUUUUAAUUCUCUUUGCGUAUAUCUGUGUGUACAAAUAAUAAACAUUAUUAGGGUUAAAGCCACUCUGCAUCGCUUUUAUUGUGUCUGUUAAGUGGCGGGAAAACUGUAGACACGUGGACCGUGGCGGGAAAACUGGAGACACGUGGAUGAAUAUCUGAAGUCUUGAAUAAUCUGCACAAACGAUGAACGUGGUACCUUCAGGUGUUUGGAAAUUGCUCCCAAGGAUGAGCCAGACUUGUGGAAGUCCACGAUUUUCUUCUAUUUCUUUUGAUUUUCCCAUGAUGUCAAGCAAAGAGGCACUGAGUUUGAAGACACCGUGGAAAGAACCUCCUUGGAUGGAGGCAGCGUCAAUGUCUCCACAUGCCUCCUCCACUGCCUGGAGAAGUGUCAUGUUGACAUAGGGACGACGAUCAUACACUUUCCAGCGACAUGUGGAGAAAAAUUCCUCAAUAGGGUUUAGAAAUGGUGAAUAUGGAGGCAGCACAAUCAUGGUGAGAAAUUAUAAAAGAAAGACAAACAGAGCGAGCACAGCUCCUGACACCAUGCUGAAGGCCGUCAGGCAGGUGCUGGUGUUCAAGAAGACCAUUAGAGCUGCAGCUGAAGAGUUUGGCAUCAAUUAUCGGACACUUGCCCGCUACUGUACAAAAAUCCCCCGAGAAGAGGUUGAGGGAAAUGCAGAUUAUCCGAGCUGCACGGUGGGCUUCACUGGUGCAAGACAAGUAUUCAACCCAGAACUUGAGGCGGAACUGGUCUCCUACAUUUCAAAGGCAGCCGACAUUUACUAUGCGCUUCCACCAAAGGCGAUCAGAAAAUUUACGUACCAGCUGGCAAAGCGUCACCAAUUGCAAAUGCCGUCAUCAUGGAGGCAGAAUAAACAAGCCAGUGCAGAUUGGUUUGCCGCCUUUUUAAAGAGACAUCCCACGUUGUCCGUCAGGACACCUGAACCUCCAACUCUACUGAGAGCGAGCAACUUCAAAAGAAGCAACAUUGAGAUGUUUUUUAGCAAGCUGAAGGAGGUGAUGGAACGCCACAGUUUCAAACCUGAGGAUAUUUGGACCAUGGAUGAGACUGGUGUCACCACCGCCCAAAGACAUGAUAGAGUGGUGUCUAGAAAAGCCCUCGCACAAGCAUCGGCUGAUAAGGGACCGCUUGUUAGCGUGUCUUUUACCAUCUCGGCCAGCGGUAAUAUGAUACCACCCUAUUUCGUUUUCCCUCGGGUGCAGUUCAGACAGCACUUCCUCACUGGUGCACCCAGCAAAAGCGCCGGCGGUGCCAAUCUGAAUGGUUGGAUGAGUGAGAAACUGUUUGUUGAUUUCCUGGAGCAUUUUAUACAGCAGACCAAAUGCUACCCGGAGAGGCCCUGCCUUCUGCUUCUUGAUAGUCUAGUAUCAAGCCUCUUGUCCAUUGAGGGGUUCAGUCUUGCAAAAGCAAACGGAGUAGUUGCACUCUCCUUCCCUCCACACUGUUCCCUCCUACAGCCUCUGGAACGGUCCGUUUUUGGCCCAUUUAAGAAAUGUAUCAAUGCGACCAUUGACAGUUGGAUGCUUGGUGGUCCAGGGAGGAGCGUCACGAUCCAUCAUAUUCCAGGAAUUGUUGCCACUGCCCUGCCCCUGGCUGCCACCCCAACCAACAUUACGGAAGGGUUCAAGGCCUGUGGCAUCGUCCCCCUGAACCCAAACAUUAUUGAGGAAUCAGAUUUUGCUCUCAGUUUUCUUAUGGACUCUCUCUCUUCUGCAUCCAAUGGCCCAGCAGAUACUCACUUUAAGGAUGACUACUCCCAUGAUGCUCCUGAUCAUACUCUGUGCCCUUCUCUAGAGCCUUCAACAUCACACUGUGACCCAGAGCCCACAGCAAAUGAUCUACAGUCUUGCCAAAGACAAAUGACACCGGAGAAGGAUGACUGCCAUCUUGACUGGCUCCCCUGUGAUUAGAGAGACUUGUCUUAACAAAUAAAAAGAGGAAAGCUGGAGGGAUAAAGGCUGCAACAACAAGAACAGAUGUGCAAGAAUGUUUCUGCCUUGUUUUCGAUUAACCUUUUUUAAAUAGUAAACUGAGAUACAUCUGGCUGCAGUGUGUUGUGUCUUUCUACAUAUGCCACAACCGUAAAAGUGAUGUGCUCUCUCUCUGUCUGUCUCUCUCUCUCUCUCUCUCUCAUACUUCACAUUCAGUUCAUCCAUUCCAAUCUCUGUUGGACAAAACAUUGUUUCAGUAUUUGUGCCUUUUACUUCUGCCAUUUUUGCAGUUUCAUGCAUUGUUUUUCUGUCACAGAAAAACAGUUUUACUGUUUAAAUUAUUGCUUAAAGUCAUUAAAUAUCACACAUUUUAAACAUAUCUUGUGGAACAUGCCUUUUUUACUUCAGGAAGUAUUUUAUAUGCAAAGGUUUUCUUCUCAAAACAGUGUUAAUUAACAGUACAUUCCCAUUGUGAAAACUUACCCCAAAUAGUGUGACAACAUACAUAGUGGUCAACUUGUGUUUAAUGACCUGUUGUUUUUUUCCUAGGGAAUGACACGUUACAUUUUGUUUUGUUUUAGCCAAGACUUUCAAUGUAAAGUGUGUAACUCUUUAUUUUUAUUUUUACUAAAAUACAUUCUGCUAUCCCAGCUUAAUAUGCAGAAACAGUUAAAGGUAAGCCAUUUUUAGAUUGAUUUCCGCAAACUGUAAACAUUGCAUCUGUGGCACUAUAAAAACUCGUUUGUUUUGAGCAGUUCGUCCAGCCUGACACAACAACAUUCGCUCGACCAUUGGCGUGAAUUUGGGGUGGGACUAUCUGCUUGUUUCAUCAACAGCAGACGGGGGAGUGUUUGAAAAAUGUUUAUUUUAGUGGCACGGAAAUGUACACUCAAGCUUUAAUGCAUGUGUCUAUACCGAUGAUGACUUUUAAAUAUGCACUCAGUGACCACUUUAUUGUGAACAUCUGUACACCUACUUAUUCAUGUGAUUAUCUAAUCAGCCAAUCGU